CGUUUCGAAUUAUAUACAACUUGCGCGAGGCAACGGAAAAUCUGAUCAGUUUUCGUUCUUUAACUCUUAUCAAGAAUCAAUUGUUUCAAUGGUAUCAAAACGCUAAGUUUAAAAAGUUCAACGCGUUAUUUGAAAAAAACUAUACUUUUGUUUCAGCUAUUAAUUGUUGCAAACAAAAAUUUUAAAUUAUAUCAAAAAAUUUAAUAAACAAGAAUUAGUAUAUAUCAAUUUUCCAACAUUUAUGACACCUUCUCUAAACAUUAUUAAUUGUGUUGUGCUCCUGCGAUGGCACCAUUUUCUAUUCCUACUCCUCAUAUUGUACCUCUGGAUUUAACGUCAUUUGGUGCACCAAAAAGUCUUAGUACAAAUACAAAAAUUGAGCUUUUUUGUGAAACUUGCAUAAAUCAUGAAAUAUUUUAUACUCUUGAUGGAACAAAACCUCAACCGUAUGCAGGUAUUGUACAAGGUAAUGAGACGAUCAAAUAUGUAGCACCUUUCUCGUUACCUGCUGGAAAAAUAACUGUGCGUGCCAUAGCUAUACAUGCCAAAAUGCAUUCUAUGUUUAGCAAUGUGAUAACAAAAAAUUUCAAAGUUGUGAAAGCAGAAGAAAGACAUUCUUCAACAAAAUUUGAAAAGAAUAAAGAUAAAGGAAAGGCUAAUGAACCUGCAAGUUUGAAUGAACCCAGUACUUCAAAUGAUAUUGUAGAUGAAGUUUCUGAUCAUAUAAGUGAUGAUAAUACCCAUAAUUCUCAAAAAAGUUUGUCCAACGGGAUCUUGCGUUCUUCAAAUCUUGGAGUAAAUAUUGAAUUAUCUGAUGAGGAGGAACUACUAAAUAACAGUCAUAACUCUUCCCAGGAUACAAGCAGUAUUGGUGAAAGUUUAGACGAGGAUAAAACAUUAUUUGAAAAUGAAAACGUUCUUCUACUAGAAGAAAAUUCCUCUAAAGAAAUUAAAAAUUCAACAUUUUUUCUUGGAAAUGAAGAUGUUGUUCCAGAUUUUUCAAUUGGUGCUGGUGGAUUGAAUGAUAAAGGUGACCUUAUUCUGCUUGGAACCAGUGAUUUAAACAGCAGUUUAUAUUCUUGUAAAAAAUGUGAAAAGGACUCCGAGAUUUGCACUGUUUGUCAAGAGAGGAACACAUUGUCAGCCAAACACUGCAUUUACUGUGGGCAAAGAUUAAAGAAAAUAUGCAGUCUCUGUAAAGAAGAUAAUCCUAUGAUUUCAAAGUUUUGCCAGUAUUGUGGUCAUAAGUUAUAUGUAGAUGGCAAUGAAACACCAGAGAUCAAUUUGCCUAAACUUGAUGAAACACCUCUUAUUAAGAAGAAAAGUGUUGGAGUUCAAAGUUCUGUAGCUUCCAUUGAGAAAUAUGUCCAAUUUUCUCCAACAAAAGUGAAAAACCCUUUAUCACCUGUCCUUAAGCAAUUACCUCCUCAUAGUCCUGGGCGAGGAUAUUGGCAUCAGCAGUUAGAUUUUAUAUGCAAUAAUUUAAAGAGUCAUGCCUAUAAUGACAUCGAGUUUCGUAAGUCAAUUAGUAGACCCAUGUUAAGUUCCUUUCAAUCUGCAAAUGUAAUUGAGAAUGACGAUAACAUUGUUGUUACCCUAACUUUUUUGCCCUUUAACAAUGGAAAGCAAAAUAAUUCUGUUGGGUAGCACUUCAUCAUUAAAGCAUGUGUGACUGAUUUUAAAGUUAUGAUUGCCAUAAAUAUAUACAUUUGUAAAAAUACCAAUUGCUCACUUUACAUUAAGUUAAUAUUUAUAAAGCCAUAAUUUAUCUAUUGUUUACUAGUCAGAAUAUGGUAGUUAAUUGUUUUUUAUAACAUUUAUAGUAUUAUUUUAGUGAAUGUUUUGUUUUUUUGUAUUUAAGCAUUUCUUUUUUGAAUGUACAAAUACUUUUUUGAAUGUACAAAUACUUUUUAAUGAUUACAAAUAUAUGUAUUAUGGUUACUAGCUAGUGAACUUAUGCUUUUUUCCAACUGUGUUACUUUGGUUAAAUGGAUGCACUGAAAUACUGUUAAUGAUUCAAGAUGCUCUAAGAUAUUAGGGGUUUUGGUUGUUACAGAUAAUUGUAUUUUUUUCUACAGUAUUGAGUAGGCAUGAUCAGUAACUAAACUUUAAAAUGGCUGUCUUACUUACUUUUUUUUUUUUUUUAAAGGAAUAGAUGUAUGAAUAUUCUUCACACUAUGAAAUCUUGAUUUUGUUUCUGAAGAAUAAAAUGCUUUUAAAAUACAAUUAUUGGUGUAUUAUUAA